CUGAUCUCCCAUGGAUCUGAUGUUUCGACCAUUCCUAAGUUUGCUGCGAUGCGUAGCUGCUGGCGAACACAAAGGCAAACAAACUGCUCCAGCACGCAGCCACAUAGCUGCCAGCCAUUACACCUUCCUGGCUCUCCCAUUCACCGCCAGUGACAAGCCCCCCCUUCUGGUCUCAAGGACGUCUCGACUUAAACGAUGACUGACGCCGCCUCAGGAGCUGUCGACAGAUCUGUCCAAGUCAAACUGGUCCUUCUGGGCGAGGCAGCUGUGGGCAAAUCAUCUCUAGUUCUCCGAUUCGUCAACAACGAGUUUCAGCCCAACAAGGAACCCACCAUAGGUGCUGCCUUCUUGACACAAAAGUGUCGUCUGGAGGAUCGUGUUUUACGUUAUGAAAUCUGGGAUACCGCUGGCCAAGAACGCUUUCACUCUCUGGCACCCAUGUACUAUCGCAACGCCCAGGCGGCCGUGGUCGUUUAUGAUGUCACGAAAGCCAGCAGUCUUGAGAAGGCCAAGUCAUGGGUAAAAGAACUACAGAGACAGGCCAAUCCCAAUAUCGUCAUUGCACUCGCAGGCAAUAAGAUAGAUUUAGUACAGUCAUCCAGUUCACCUUCCACCGCAGCCCCCGCCUCCGACUCCGAAGAUGAAGCCGACGACGCAACUGCGACCCCUGGAGAGACACCCGGCUCAGCGGGAGAACCCGAGUCCUUAAGACAGGUGCCUCGCGAAGAGGCACAAGCUUAUGCCACUGAAGCAGGGCUGCUAUUCUUUGAGACCAGCGCCAAGACCGGUCAGGGCAUUAUCGAAAUAUUUACAGAAAUCGCCAAGAAGAUACCCAUCGAACAUAUAUUAGCUUCCACCCGUGGGGCUGGCAGAAAUGGCACUCAGGUUAGCCGACCUGGAGCGUCGCGACAAGAGGGUAAUGUGAAUUUGGAAGAGAACCAGACGAAGGGCAGAGAUGGCUGCAAUUGCUAGCGGUUAUUCCCUAGUUGUUAUGCGAACCACAUUCACAACCGUCUCAUCCUGUUUUUUAAGUAACCGUUUUGAUCUAUAUGUUCGCGAUUGCUAGCUUCACUUGUAAUUUUCUACCCUUUUCUAAU